CUCUCCCUCUUGCACCCCUCGUGUCCCUGCAGCACUGCAACACUGCUGUAGCUCGUGAGGAUGAAGCGCCGACAAGCCUACAGUAGCGCCGUGCUGAUAGCCGGCUACGGCCUUCUACCAAGCCCAUCGCAGGCCUUCGUCGCCCCUUCACCGCGCUCAUCCAGCGCAAACCGUCAUGAACGGCAUCGGUACCGGGUAUCCAACGCCAACACUGCUUUGUCGAUGGCGUGGGGCCCUGCUGAGAAGGCGGAGAUCCUAAGUGGCCUAAUAGACUGGCAAGAGCGAGAUGUUGACGGAGUUGGGGCGGCCGAUAUACAGAUUCUGACGGAGUCGUCUCCCACAGCAGUGCUCACACGCUACUACGAGUCCUUGGCGAAGGGAGAAGCGCAGCAGAUGCUCCUGGUGGCACCCUCUUGCACGAUCGAAAGCGGGUGCACCACGGCGUUAGAGGCCGCCCUCUCCUCCUCAUGCAUCUCCAAAGUUUAUCACCCCGACGUGGAGCAGGGGCUGGGCGGGAAGGCGCCGCACCUGGCUCUAUGGCACCAGGGAGUGUCUAAAAAGGCUGUGAUGGAAGAAGUGUUUCUCUGGCUGCAGCGCACGAUGCUGGGCAUGGUGGACGACGAGGAAGAGGAUUUCGUCGAGCUCGGCCGGAGACUCUUGACAGUGCACAGGUACGUCGUAGUCAAGGCCACCACCGAGGUUGAACUAUCGCAAGCGUUCUGGCAGGAGGCGACGGCGCUGGCGAAGCAUGGCGCAGAAGCGGCCGCCGAAAAGAAGAAGAAGGAUGCCGAAGAAACGGCGAAACAGAAAGUGAAACAGCAUGCAGAGGAAGCAGCGAGAGUUGCAGCGGCAGAAGUUGACGAGGAGGACGCCGAGAGGCCAGACAACAAGGACGGCGCAAAGACAGAAAGUUUGGACGUCACCGGAAGCACAAAAAAGAAGGAGGUCGACACGGAAGGGAAGAAGGAGGAGGAAGACGUGCUCAAGAAGUCUGGGCUUGGCGGGGGCGACGAUCCGAGGGAGGCCAGCGUUCUCAUGGCGCUCCCUGGGUUCAGGCACACCUUCGGCCCUAAUACCGCCGAGGCGCGCAAGGCCUCACCAGAGUGCCCACUUCUGUCCGACAUCGCGGUGGGUAUACCCAGCGGCGUCAACUAGUUUUUUCAUGUACCCACUUAUGUAUAUAUUCUGACCCACUUUUGUCCAAAUUCUACCCACUUGUGUUCACUUACGGACGGCGGAAAUCGAGCGGAAAUCAACCUCCACGUCACCGCACGGCAGAACAUCGAAUAGCCUCGGAACGUCUCAGAACCUCCCAACACCGUAUCCAUGGCAUAUUUCCUAUCCAUGGCUGUCGACUGCGGACCGACCGCGGAGGAACACGUCAGAAACAUGCCAGGCCCCUUCGGUACCGGCGCGGGAGGAUACCAGGCACGGGAAGAUGCCCUUGGCAAGCCCCGCAAGCAGCGCACUAACGGCAAACGCUACAAAUAAAUGCGUGACACACAACGGACAACAGAACCAACGGGUCGCGCAUACAGAACGAAAAGACGCGCAUACAGCAACAACACACACACACGCGCCACACGCACAAACCAAUACCAACCACCACGACGAGUGCACACCGACUCGUCACGGCAGCAACAGCAUGUCGAGGCAGUUUGCCACGUAACCACAUGAUCUUAAUAGGGUAUUCAUAUGCACAACAUGCAUAUGGUGUAUACGAAGUGAAAUACCGGCUCGAUAUCCCCUAAAAAUCUAACCGAUCAAGAGACCAAAACGGAUACCGUUCGCUACGCUACGUUCGUUCGCUGCUACUUUAUGGAUGGUAAAGAAAUAGGCCGCACAUUGCGUACUCCGGAGCAACCAUAAGAGUUGGCGUACACAUGGUUUCAUACUUUGCAUGCAUACGAAGUAUUUCGAAGCACUACUAGUUCAGGGGUGCCGCGCUUGGGGUUGCGUGGCAAACUGCCUCGACAUGCUGCUGCUGCCGUGACGAGUCGGUGUGCACUCGUCGUGGUGGUUGGUAUUGGUUUGUGCGUGUGGCGUGUGUGUGUGUGUUGUUGCUGUAUGCGCGUCUUUUCGUUCUGUAUGCGCGACCCGUUGGUUCUGUUGUCCGUUGUGUGUCACGCAUUUAUUUGUAGCGUUUGCCGUUAGUGCGCUGCUUGCGGGGCUUGCCAAGGGCAUCUUCCCGUGCCUGGUAUCCUCCCGCGCCGGUACCGAAGGGGCCUGGCAUGUUUCUGACGUGUUCCUCCGCGGUCGGUCCGCAGUCGACAGCCAUGGAUAGGAAAUAUGCCAUGGAUAUGGUGUUGGGAGGUUCUGAGACGUUCCGAGGCUAUUCGAUGUUCUGCCGUGCGGUGACGUGGAGGUCGUUUUCCGCUCGAUUUCCGCCGUCCGUAAGUGGACAACAAGUGGGUAGAAUUUGGACAAAAGUGGGCCAGAAUAUAUACAUCAGUGGGUACAUGAAAAAACUAGUUGACGCCGCUGGGUAUACCCACCGCGAUGUCGGACAGAAGUGGGCACU